GGUAGUGGGCGGUCCCAGCGCGGUGACGUCACUUCCGCGCGGUGUCCUCUCGCUCGUCCUUCGUCACACAGCGGCGGUGAAGAUGGUUCUGGAAAUGGAGAAAGUUCUGGCCGGAGAGCCCGAGGAGCAGCAGGAGGAAGAGGAGGAAGAAGAACUGGUGGACCUCUUCCGCUGACGGUGGUGAGGGAUAACGCUGCGAGAAGGCGGAGCAAUGCGUGAAGGCGCCGGGUGGGAACAGUUGGAGAUUUGUGAGACUCGAGUCAACUCCCGAUCCCACACCGAGGAGGAAUUGUGUGGAGGAAUUGUUCGACUUCCUGCAUGCCAGGGACCACUGUGUCGCUCACAAGCUUUUCAAACAUCUGAAGUAG